AUGAACGAGUACUGCAGUCUAGGGCACAUGAGUCGUGUAGACUUAUACGCUAAGCCACAUUAUAUCAUGCCGCAUCACGGCGUUUUUCGUAAUCACCGCACCACAACUGCUAAGCUGCGCGUUGCGUUCAAUGGUAGUCAAAAUUCUAGCUCCAACAUAUCACUUAACGAGUUGCAGUUAGUCGGCCCACCUAUUCAGGGCGAUGUAUUUUCUAUACUGUUAAGAUUUAGACAGCCCAAGUUUGUAGCCUGCACCGAUAUCGAGAAGGUAUACAGAGAAGUACCUAUUAGUGAUCGUCUCGAGUGCUACAAGUUAAAAACGGUCACUUAA